CGGCAGCCCUGUUUCUACUGUUUUGUUUGCGUUCCCGCUCGUCUCGGCUGCCCGAGCUUCCCCGCUAUGCCUGAGCCGGCAAAAUCCGCUCCCGCGCCCAAAAAGGGCUCGAAGAAAGCGGUCACCAAAGCCCAGAAGAAGGACGGCAGGAAGCGCAAGCGCAGCCGCAAGGAGAGCUACUCCAUCUACGUGUACAAGGUGCUGAAGCAGGUGCACCCCGACACCGGCAUCUCGUCUAAGGCCAUGGGCAUCAUGAACUCGUUCGUCAACGACAUCUUCGAGCGCAUCGCGGGCGAGGCGUCCCGCCUGGCGCAUUACAACAAGCGCUCCACCAUCACGUCCCGGGAGAUCCAGACGGCCGUGCGCCUGCUGCUGCCCGGCGAGCUGGCCAAGCAUGCCGUGUCCGAGGGCACCAAGGCGGUCACCAAGUACACCAGCUCCAAGUGAGUCCCCGCCGGGACAUGGCGCUCGCACGACUCGCCGGCCGCUUGACUCCAAAGGCU